AGAUGGAAUUCUCCGCCAUCCUCGCUCUGUUGGUCACCUUCCUCAUCACCCUCCACUUUCUCAUGUCAUGGUGGAGGCAGACCAGACGGUACAGGUCACUGCCCCCCGGACCCACCCCGCUGCCUUUCCUGGGCACCCCGAAUUACAUGGAUCAGCAAACCGCCGUAAAAAACUACACCAUGCUCAGCCAAAAAUACGGCCCAAUGUUCACCCUCUGGAAGCUGUCCGAGCCGGUGGUGGUCCUCUGUGGUUAUGAAGUGGUGAGUGACGCCCUGCAGAACCACGCCGAGGAGUUCAGCGCCCGCCCAAUUGUACCCACGCUGCACUUUCCCACCGAGGGAUACGAUAUAAACGGCCCGCGAUGGCGUCCUCUGCGCCGCUUCACCAUCACCACUCUCAGGAACUCUGGGAUGGGGAAGAAGACCAUGGAAUCCCGCGUGCUGGAGGAGGCCACUUACCUCAACCAGGAGGUGGCCGAGACAGAAGGAAAACCUUUCAAUCCGUUACAUAUCCUGGCCAGCGCCGUGGGGAAUAUUAUCAGCUUGGUGCUGUUUGGGGAACAUUUUGACUACAAAGACCCGAAGUUACACGAGCUGAUGACUCAAAUUUCCGGACACAUUCGAAGCAUCUUGUCCCCAUCGCAUAUGCUCUGCAAUGUCUUCCCGUUCCUUCUCAAACUGCCAAUAGUGCCAAAGAUCAUCUUUAAGGAACAGUCCUACCUGCAAAACUUUGUGCUGAAAUACAUUGAGGAGCACAAACGUACCCUGAACCCCGAGGCCCCCCGAGAUUUCGUCGAUCAUUUCCUGCUCAAGAUAAAAGACAUGGAGCACGAAGAGGAUCCAGAUUUCUGUGACCUGAGUGUCCUGAAUGUUGGGGUGGGACUGUUGUCAGCAGGUGCUGAGACCACCGCUUCCACCCUGAAAUUCUCCCUGGUCCUAAUAGCUCACUAUCCUGACGUCCAGGUAAAGGUCCAGCAGGAGAUCGAUGACGUGUUGCAGUCACUGCGCCCACCUGGGAUGAAAGACAGACCACAACUGCCGUACACCAAUGCAGUGGUCCAUGAAGUACAGAGAGUGCUAGAUCUGGCGCCAACUGCACUCUUCCAUGCUGUGACCAAAGACAUCCAGUUCCGUGGGUACACCCUCCCGAAGGGCACCAUCAUUACCCCGUUCCUGACGUCAGUGCUUUUUGACCCCACACAGUGGGAAACACCAGAACAAUUCAACCCUGGGCACUUCCUGGAUGAGGAGGGCCGUUUCCGAAAUCGGGUGGCCUUCAUGCCGUUCUCAGCUGGAAAACGUAUUUGUGCCGGGGAGAAUAUGGCCCGAAUGGAGCUCUUCAUUCUCUUAUCUGCUGUGCUCCAGAAAUUCACCAUCAAGCUGCCCCCGGGGGUCGAACGCCGGGACGCCAAAUGGCUGAAUGCUAAUAAAGGUGAAAUGAUUGCAUUUGCCGAGCUGUGCGCUGUACCUCGAGCAGUGCCCACCAUGUAACCUGUCACAGCCAAAUCUAAGG